AUGUUUCUCGAGUUUAGGCCUGAUUGGAUUCAAGAUGAAUGGUGGAAGGACCUGCUGCACUACUGGGCAACUGAUCCGACUUUUUUGAAACGAAGUGAAAAUGGGAAGGCCGCUAGAGCCUCAGUGAAAGGUGGAUCGCUGCACACUAGUGGCGCCACGAGUCAAGUGGACUUGAUGAAACGGCUGGAGCUCCAGAGGGGUCAGGCGGUACCUCAAGAUGAGAUCUUUAAGAUAACUCACACGAGGAAGGAGAAGAACGCUGAUGGUACAGAUCGAUGGGUUGAGCCAAGGGCUGAGCGAACUUGGAACGAAUUUCAACAACACUUUGGGGAGUUUCGAGCCACUCAGCCAAGUACCACGCAGAUGACCGAUGAGUUAAUACAGCAACAAUGGAUUGAGAAGGUUGCUCCCCCAACAAGGCAUGGGACAGUUUAUGGGAUGCCUAAUCGAGCCUUUCGUCGAUACCCGUCGGCCCUUGAAGCCGUAGGUGUUACUGAUGAUGGGACGGUUGAUCCUAAGGAGUAUGAAGCUAUGAAAGCAUCAAGUUGACUCGCUAACAAGAACACUUAAUUCCUCGG